GGCACGAGCUCUAUUUCAACAACACCUUUGACAGGAACAACAGGAUCAUCCCUAUUCUCAACAGCAGCUCCAGCUACGUCGUCGUCGACAACUCAAGCCCCAUUAACCUUCGGCGCAUCCUCGUUUUCAACCCCAUCACAGACUGCUCCCAAGCCAGUCGAAACCAGUACAGCUGCUACUACAGAUGCUGGUAAUGCGGAUACUGCGAGUGGGUCGUCAUUGAAACAUUUAUUGGAAAAGGAGGGAUCUGUUGGCUCAGCCUGCUCACAGCUUCUCGCCGGCAUGACUGCAGAUACGGAAAUUAGCUUUGCCGAUUUGUCUGCGAUCACUCAAAAAAUGACCUUGGAUCUUGCCACUGAUGAGCGAGCUUUCUUGAAUUGUUUGUUAGAGCUGAAUGCGUACGAUCGACAGUUGUGGGACAAUAUGCAAAGGAUCUCUGAUGUUGAUUCAAAAUUGGUAGCAUUGGAAGAAAAGCAAAGCAAAAUGGUAUACAAUAUGGGAUGUAUAACUGAAGAACAAAAAGCGCUUGACUCAGCCGUCACCGAAUUGGAGAAGGCACUAGGUCUUCCCGACUGGACAGAUCAAGAUCACGACCUUCCUGUUAACGCCUUCUCGGCUACUCCAAGCGACACCAAGAGGCAACAACUGAUGCAGAUGUUGAUCAGCGUUGAUUCACAAAUCAAGGAAGCAGACUGUGAUCUCCAAGAGAUUAUUGACCAGGUAGCCGCUCUCCAUAAAUCCAAAACAUCAAUGUCGAAUGCAAACAAAGCGACUGAAGAUCAGGUUGCGCAAAUUCUAAAGAACCAAAUGGAAACGCUACUAUAUAUCGACCGCAAAGCAGGAGAACUUGAAGCAAAAGUCGAAGAAUUCAAAGAUGUGGCGGACGGCCGUAAUUCAACCCUUUACUCGUGA